ACCCCGUCAAUUCUAUAUAGCAUUGUAAAAUUCAUUCUGAUAUAAUAAUGCAAAAUGACGAAUCUUUCUUUCCAAGCUAGCAAGGUGGUGCUAGCCAUCCAUGGAUAGCCAUAUAGCUAUUGCCAGAAGAUUCUGCACCCUGUUUGACAUUCGAUUGUUAUGGGUUUACUUGAGGAAAAAAAUUCUUUCUGUCUGAUCACUCCUUAAUACAUUCCUCUAUUGAUUCGACACCAUUUGCAUCUAUUACAUGAUAAACAGUACAUAUUCGUUAUCUCUUAAUCCAAUAUUCAUAAAUGAAAAAAAAAAGAGAAGAAAAUCUUGCAAUUAAUUCGACCUCAUCCCCAACAUGCUAAUAAUAGAUUAAUUUGAUUUUAUCCAUAUAUAGCUUAGGGCAGUAGCCGAAAGCUGUGGUAUGCUUAUAUUAAUAGUGCUCAAAAUCUGAUCUUUGUUCCAAUUAUAUUCCAAUAUAUAUCAAUUACUCAUCAUCCUUUGGUUAACAGGAUGUACGGACGGCAUCUGAAAUUUUAAACUAAAACUAAGCUGUGAUGACUUGACUAUUCAAUAUGCAACUUUUCUAAACUGAUAAACACGGAUUAAUUACUAGUUAAUAUCAAGGUUCAAAGGGAAUAGCGCCUAGUUCGUUUAGACGUAACAAUCGUUUUUUACUAAAUAAUGAAUGUACUAGCAAUUUAGAGAAUUUUUACUCUUCGGUUCAAGUGAUUAACUAACUUACGUAACACUUAAAAAAAAGCAAAAAAAUAUAGAACUAUGGGUCAAUAGCUUAUAAAGUUCCUCGUCUAUUGUAAAAAUCGACCGGGAAAGAUUGAAAAGGUUGAUGAUGUUGCUUCCUUUUUUUUCCCCUCCUAUAUUGAUAGUCUCUCUCGCUCGCUCGCUCUGCCUAUUACACUUAUAGCCGACACGCCUAGGUAUUGCCUUAAUUCUGUCAUAGUGUACGCGUGAUGCCUAAUAAACCGAGAAACCACUAAACAAGGUGUUUUGACAUAACCCAACGACCAGACGUACCUAGUGGUUAGUUAGUUUAACAUCAUAGUGUCACAGUCCAGAAACCUCAUGCAUGGAUGCCUCAAAAAACCCAAUUUUCUUAUCCAAACAAAAUAUCUGAAAAGAAAACACCCCUCUCCCCACCAAUCUUUUUAUCCAUUUUUAUUAUGGUAUAAGGUUUGUUUUUUCUUGCCUCUCCUUUUUUUUUUUCCUUGCCUCCACCACCAUCACCCCUUUCGUUAUAAAUAAGGGCCGAUGAAUCUCUCAACUCUCCACCAUCGCACCUCAACAACAGCAUCAUCAUCAACUACUAGAAACCUUAACUGCAAAAAAACAUCAAGUUUUAGUUUCCAUCACCACCAAAAAAAAAAAAUGGAGAGAGUUAGAGACUUGUCAUCGAAGAAGGCGGCGGUGAUCUUCACCAAGAGCUCCUGCUGCAUGUGCCACAGCAUCAAGCAGCUGUUCUACGAGCUCGGUGCCAGCCCCGCGAUCCACGAGCUGGAUCGCGAGGCCAACGGGAGGGAGCUGGAGUGGGCCCUCCGGAGCCUCAUCGGCUGCCCGACCGUCGUCCCCGCCGUGUUCAUCGGCGGGAGGUACGUGGGCUCAGCCAAGGAGAUCUUGUCCCUCCACCUCGAUGGCUCACUCAAGCAGUUGCUCAUUGACGCAAAUGCCAUCUGGUUCUAGCCCCCGCGGCCGCCGCAUCGUUGUCAGCUAAUUAAUCGCGUCUGCAAUAAUAAUUAGCUUUCUGUAUGGGGAAAAUGUAAGUUAAGUUAAGUUAAGCUCAGACAAUUAAUGGUGUGUUUAAGGGCUUUGAUUGUCUUUUUUUACGAUCAAGGUUCCCUUAAUACGCUGUACGUACUAAAUGUUAUGAUGUAAUUGUACUCCUUAAUUCGAACGAACUGGUUCGAGGGAGGAGGGGGGAAAAAAGGAACGGAAUACCGGUUUCUUUUUUCAUAUUAUGCUUUAAGUUUUUUUGUAUUUUGUGCUGUACGUACUAAAUGUUGUUGUUGUUCAAUUCCACUAACCAAUUACAACUUUUGAUUGGUGUAUGCAAACCCGUACAUUAUUGGUGGUCCGAUCGGAAAUCUCACCUAUAAGAGUCCAAACUCAUAUAGUGGUUUACUGGUAUGAAACAAUCGAACUAUAUUUAAAUCUUUAACUUAAACACAAAAAAUACCCUAUCAUUAACUUAUCCUAUACAACAUUAUUGUCUUGACAAAGAGAAUAAAUUUGAUUUAUGGUUGGGCAACAUGUAUAAUUGGGCAUGUGAUUCCCAUCAACUCCUGCGUCUUGAAAAAUUAUCACAACACUUGUCAGUAGUGAUGGUAAUGGGACAAGACGGGGUCGAAUCAUUCCUAUAUAAUGCUAGAAAAAGAAUGUCGACACUUAACUCUUUUAUAAGAGGACAUAAAGAAAAGACUUAAUAAAUGGAUGAGAAAUAUACUAGAAUGAAUAAUUAAGUCCAAAAUAGUUGAAAAAUAAAAAUACAAAAUUUGUUUAGGAUGAAAAUAUGAUUUUAAAAAGGUAAAAAAAUAAAUAUAUAAAUAUUGACGCAAAUAAUGACCAACCAGGUCGCGAAUGGUGCGGGGCAGGUAAGAUAAAUCGAAAAAUACUCAUACCCCGCCCAGCCACGCUACUGCAAGUCAGAUAAUGCCCAGUUGGACAUGGAUUGAAUCACACAGAUCAUAUUAGGAACUAGCGUGGGCCCUGGCCAGUUGGCCGGAGGAAGGUGAGGUAUGAAAUUUGAUAACGUAAUGGGGUGUAUAGCUUAUUGUUGUAUAGUUUUUUUUUUGGAAACACGUGAUAAAAAUAGUGAAUUUUAGCAGGAAAUAGACAUGAAUGAUGCAACGAAUAAAAAAUCAGCCUUAUGAACCAAAAUCAAGUACCUGUUAUCUUGUGAAACAAUAUUGUUUCUAGUACUUUGAUGAGGUGGAGUAAGUUUUAUAGAAACCGAAUUCUGAAAAAUCGAAUAAAAAAAUCGCCUAUCCCGUCGGUUUUCGGGAAAUGAGCAUCUCACAAUCGUUGCUAGUUUUUACUCGGCCCGUUGGCCGAUUAAUUUGAUUUAUAAAACCUUCAUCUUGUCGUCAUUGUACUUUUUGGUUUUUGGUUUUUGCCAGGCCAUGAUAAAAUCUAAAGAAAUCAAGAACGAACAACAUGAUUUGGGAUAGAAACCGUCGUUCCUGUAUCCAUGAAAAAUGAUGGUAAACACGGACUUUACUGCGAGUCGGAUAAUGCCCAGUUGGACAUGGAUCGAAUCACACGGAUCAUAUUAGGAAUUGGCAUCACUACUUGUCUGCGUUGGGUCAUAUGACCUAAAUCUAGUUAAUCUUCUUAACCUGGUUUUGUUGUGGCUAGCUCUUUUUGCAGUUGAACUGUUUGACGUGAGAAGUGCAAAAAGGAUUUUAUGAUUCGGAAGUAACUUUUCUUUUCAAUGGAUUAAUUGAAGAACUUGGUUCUUUUAACUUUUAAGCAUCUCUGAUAUAUACAAAUCUAGGGCCUCAGAAACUCCAAAUCAUAAGAUUCUAGCUAUGCCUUUUCCCAAAGUGCAAGGAGGUGAUGCUUAGCUGCUAGCUUUUCUCCUGCAUAGUUGGCCCUCCAAUUAGUAUUCCUCUAUAUCCGGAAAGGCAAAAACCUUUUUUUCCAUCUCCCGACAAUUAAAUUAUUCUCAGGGUUUUCUAAAAGAGAAAAGCUGUCCUUUGAAGGAUUAAAAUAAAUAGAGUUGAUGGGACAUGACUCAUGAAGAUAGUUCGAGAAAAACAUUUAUCCAUAAGUGUGUAACCUAAAACUAAUUUUGUAUUUGAAAAAACUCAAAAGAGUAAUACACUAAUACUACAUAUGUAACAUCCUAGUUCGAUGGGAAUUAGUUUGUCUAAACAUAUCCUUCCUAAUAAAUGAACUUAAAAUUUUAAAGAGUAGUGGGCAUACGUUAAAAAAUUCUGAAUUACAAGGGAAAUUCAAUAUACUUUUUAUUUGAUAACCCGCGAACCUCAACCCCAUGUGUCGUUUGAGCGACAGAGGGGCCUACUAAACCACUGGGGCUACCUACAUACUAACUCGGGCUUUCUGCUACCAACAUUGGAGAGGCUUCGCCUUCGAUACCAAGGGUACCGCCGGGAACGCUCAAGUGGCGCCACUGGGAAUCGAACUCAGGACCUCCCACAUCCAGAGCUCAAUUGGUCUAGUGGUUUCACCACUAGGCUAUGUUACCUUUCGCAAAAUUCGAUAUACUCAAAUACAAUAACUUAAUGUCU